CUUGAUUUAGUAAACACUUUGUAAUAAAAGAAAAGAAAUAUCUACAACUUUCAAGAUGCGGUUACAUUCAAUUUCAACAUUUGCAUUGAUUAUCAUUUGUGUAUUCAUCACAAAUAGUCUAUUAGUAAAUGGACAAAUGGCUGAAUAUUAUAUGAAUGAUGAAAUACCACAAGUGAAUACAUAUGAAAAUAUGUAUCCAAGAUAUAUUCAACGUCAUAGAUCACAACAUUAUAAACGAGGUGGAAUGUAUGGUGGAUUAUUAGGGAAAUAAUCAAUAAUUCAUCAUUUAUCAUUAACUAAUUAUAUUUCUUUCUUUCAUCAUUUCAAAUAAAGGAGAAAAAAAAACAUUUGUAACCUUUAAAUAAAUUUUAAAGAAA